GUGAUUUUCCGAAUCUGAACGAGUUAGACACCAAAUUCAUUGUUUCUUUGUUCAAAAAUUAGAGUUUUUUAAUAUAUUUUAUAAAAAAUAGAUAUUAUUCUAUAUGAAAAACUUGUUUUGUGAUGAUAUGAAGUGUUAAAAGUGAUUUACAUUUAUAUUACAUUCAUAUAUUCAUUAAAAUUAUUCAACUGAGCAUCCCCAUUUACUGUCACUACUGUGUACUCCAUCAGCUGUAAUCUAUUUUGAACCACUAUUUUCCGAAAUUCCAAACGUCCCCGGCAUUGUCAUUAUAAUUUGUUGUGUUGUUUAAGUAUUAUUGCAUUUAGUGUUUCAACAUGUUCAGCUGCUUUUGCCUUAAUAUCCUUAUUGAGACUGGUUCAAAUGACAUUCAAAAGGUUACCACAGAAUCUCUGAAUUUAGCUGAAGAAAAGAAACAGGAUGGAUUUUUUGAACAACCGCUGCUACAAGUGGUGUCAAAAAAUAUCAUCAAGAUGCACCAAGGAUUAGUACAAACUAGAACCGUCGGUCAUUGGAAUAUAAAUUGUUGUAUAAAUUGUAUAAAAGAAACGUAUGCUAUUCACAAAGAUAAAGGAGCAUCGUGUGUACUGAUUUGUGCAAAAUUAUUGGAUUCUAAGUCAAUAGAGAGAAUUAGGGCUGAACAAGUAACACUUUCUAAGGUUUUCAAUGUAGUCAUCAACCCAAGUGAUAUGAAAGAAAAUGCCAAGAUAUUAAAUUUAUAUCAUUGUGACAUAGAGGCCAUCGUUAAAAGUAUUAGAGAGCAUAUGUCAGAAUUUUUAAGAAGAGAAAUGGUUGCGGUGGAAGAAAGGAUUAAGAAAUAUUCAGAAGAACAAUACGAGAUAUUAAAUAAUCUUAAAGAUGCGGCGUACGAAGAACACGAUUCGUUAGUAAAGUUAGUUCAGAGUCUGACAGACCAAACCAAACCUGAAAGUACAAAACCUCCGAUGGAAUCUACGGAAGCUCAGGAGGCCAUUCCUAAAGCGUUUAACUUAAAUGAACAAAUUAAUUUAAGGAGUACGGAAAAAACGAAACAGUUGAGACAUACCCCCAAACGACAAAGAAGUACGCCCGCAGCAACGAUAUCAUCGUUUGAUGCAGAAGGAUUGUUCGACUUCGAGGGCAGCGACGGAAUAAAUUCGCUUUCAGAAAGUGACGUUGGCGAAAGUGAUAAAGAUGAUACUAAAGAUGAAAGGUCGAAUCUGCCAAGAAAUAGGCCCUCUAGAGGUAGUAUAGCGAAAUCACUGCCUAUGAAUAUUCCAACAUUUUUAUCGCAGGCCAGAAAUCCAUCUACAGAAGACCUUGACGAUCUUCCACAAGAAGACAACCUGGAUAUAGCAGCAAGUAUCAAAGCUCUCGCCAAAAGUGUACACGGCGAUGCAGUAUUUGGAGAAUUGCCAAGACCAAGACUAAGUACCCAGAUUUAAGAUUCUAAGUAUCUUCCAAGGUAUUCUUCCAAAAAACAAAAAAAAAUACAGAUGGCGUGAAGUUCAAGAAAAAUAAGGUAAACGGUUAUAAAACAAGUUCUCUAAGUUGCGUAAGUGACAAAGUGUAGAGUUUAAGAAGAUAAAUUUUUGUUUUUUUUUUGGUAUUUGUAAGUAUCAUCAAAGUUAAGAGGAAUGUUUUGUUCGCCGGAGGACUGUCAGUAUCUCACUCUUUCAUUUGUCAUUUUUUUAAACAAUAUAUGUAUUUAGUAUUUUUAUGAAACUGUUGUAAGUUAGUUUUAAAACGAAUUCAAUAUUAAACUUUUUUUUAUAAAACGAAGUUGUAGAAAUAUACAAUACAAUAC